CGUAAAGAGUGUGAUUUGCGACACAACGAAAUAAACGAUAGAGCAUAAUAUGAAUUGAUAGACGCCCCAGGUCUUGAUUACAUUUUGUCUUAAGUGUGGGACUUUGCCUUUGAAUUUUCAAGCCAUUUUAAUGAGUGUCAUGUAAUUAAAUCAACUAAUACAUUUGCAUCGUGUCAAAUCAACUAUUUUGCACAGUACUCAUAGCAAUCCUUCAUUGCCCAAUCAGAAGAUGCUCAUAGCAGAUUUAUUGAUCCAACAUCCUCUCACUCUGUAUCUCUUACAGUCAGUAGACAUGGAGGAUGGGAAGCCUGAUCUGCUGCUGGUCAAAGAGGAGACAAUAGAAGACGGACCAGAGAGCAUUGACCUGCUGAGUGGACUAAAGAUGGGGGAGCAAGAUGGUUGGCUGGAGGCUAACAGAGGAGACUGGACGGCCAUUUUGGAUUCCCAGACCGAUGCAGUUAAGGGACCAGGGGAGAACGUCACUGAGCAGGCCAGGACCAGAGGCGACAUAGUAGAGGUCUGUGGGUGGGACAGCGUCCUCAACUCUGGGCCUGUGAUCAAUACUGUUAACCACAACCAGAAACAGACAGACAAACACAAAACAACAACUGAACUUAGUCUCUAUGACAACAGACUGGCUGAGACCACAGCGAGGCGUAGAUUUGGUCUGCGGGUACGAGGAGGUGUCCGUAUGCGGCUGGAGAGGACAGACACAGACUCUGCUAGCGAUGCUCCGUCCUGCUCCUAUAGCUGUGAUUCAGAGAGACUGAUGGCGCCUCAGGUUAACCCUCCAACAGGUGCUUCCUUCAGCCUGCCUUCUAUAGGAUCUAUCAACUGGAACAUGGACGCUGUGACAACACAGACACUCCCUGGCCUUCAUCCUCCUCACACUCUCCUAAUGUUAAACCAGACCUCAGACAAUGCUUCAACACUAAAUGGCUACACAAGCCCACUGACAAAUGACAGUAGUAGAGACGGAAUCAGUAAAGAGAAGCGCUUCCCGUGUUCAUUCUGUGGGAAAGCUUUCAGUUUCCCCAAACAGGUGGAGAUCCACCAGAGGAUACACACGGGGGAGAAACCAUUCGGCUGCCACCUGUGCCGGGCCCGUUUCUCCCGAUCGACCCACCUGAAGAGGCACCAGAGGGUCCACACAGGGGAGAAACCCUACAGCUGUCCACAGUGUGAGAAGAGGUUCUCCCACCAGCACAAUAUGAAAGUGCACCUGAAGGUCCACACGGGAGAGGCCGUUCGCCUGUACGCACAUCGGGAAGAGGUUCUCAGAGAGGAGAUAUGUCAGGAUACACCAGCAGAAAAUGCACACGACCCAUGUAUAGAGUAUAGUGAGUGACAUGUAAUGUAUAGUACAAGCAUUUUGCUACACCCGCAAUAACAUCUGCUAAACGUGUGUGUGGCCAAUAUAAUUUGAUUUGAUGAUUUAGUACUAGAUAGUUUGUAGUUCAUUCUGUUAGUUUGGGAUGUAGCAGGGAACUGGAUGAGGUGAACUGGGGAAAGAAAGAGAAUGAUGAGACAGAGUAGAUGAUAUGGUGAUGGUUGGUGAGAUGGUGUCUGUAAAAAUGCUUCACUGAUGUAAAGUGACAACCUUGUCCUGUUUGUGUGCUGUGUAAAGUUUGAUCCUUUUCGAAAGUAUUCUAAAUGUAAUUUGAUCAAAGUGAGGGUACCAGAUUUACAGAAAAGGUCAAGUGUUACCAUAAUGAGAAGUUAUUCUACUUGUCACGUAUCAUUUUAUGCAAUAAAAGUACUGUAAUUCACGUUAUGAGUGUAGGACUAUUUGAUUGAAAUUAAAUAACACAAAAUUGA